AUAUAUAUUCAGACGAAUUGACCUUCUCCUUUUUUUUUUGAAGUCGGUUAAAAAUCAACACGAUUUCUUAGCCACUUCGAAUUUGUAUAUUAUUGUCUGAGUAAAAAGUUUAAAAUUUUGAUGAAAAUUCGUUAAAUGUUCAUUAAUCGUGUACACAGUUUGAAAUUUUGAUUUAUAUGGUUUUGUUUGUAGCAUAAACCAUAUUUUUGUAAAAAAAAAAAUAUUAUAAUUGCUAAACAAGGGUGUAUGCAUAUAGUGAAAUAAUCGUAUGAGCGUAUGUAAUUAAAAAAAGCUUUACUGCAUCUAAGUAAAAUAUAGUUCCAAGUAUUUCAACUAUACCGUUGUUGCGUCUGCAGCGGAAAUAAAACCAGUUGCUGCACUAGCAAUUACACGGGCAACAAAAACAACGUAUGUAGUUAAUAAAAUACAUACAUAAAAAGUGGCGGCAAUUAAGCGCAACAAAUGUAACACUGAACAAAUUUUUAAUUACAUUUUAUUUAUGUAAAUAUGCACACUAAGCAAACUUUCAUUUCGAAUGUAAAAUAAUGCGUCUCACAGCGUAAUUAUUUAGUUUGGUUUUUAGUUCAAUGCUAACAUCGCAUCGGUAAAGUUCGACCGCUAAAAACAUGUACAACUUUCCAUUUGAAAUCACCGAAGUUGAGCCUCAGUUAAAUGCUGAGCUGCUCAGUUAUUUUAAAGGCGAGCGCACAGGUUUUGUGCAGGUGGGUCCAGAAAAGUAUUUCUUCCCUCAUAAGUACAAAUUGGAGGCGGAGAAUUUUUAUAAUUUUCAAGCACGUCCGGAUGAUAUUUGGGUGGCAUCGUUUCCACGAUCGGGCACUACAUGGACACAAGAGUUAGUUUGGCUCGUUGCAAAUAAUUUGGACUUUAAAACAGCUAAAACACAGCCGCUCACUGAAAGGUUUCCAUUUUUCGAAUUUUCCCUGUUCGUGCAUCCUGAAAUCAAAGCGGAGUUGCUGUCUGAAAAUGCUAAUGACAAUGGCAAACAAGACUUCAUCGAAUAUUUUUCCGCCCCAGGAUACAAAACUUUAAAUUCAUGGCCGUUAAAUAAGAGACGCUUUAUUAAAACACAUUUCUCAUUUUCUUUGUUGCCGCCAAGUGUUCUAAAGGAAAAGUGCAAGAUUAUUUAUGUAGCACGCAACCCCAAAGAUGUAGCAGUUUCCUAUUACCAUCUAAAUCGUUUAUAUCGCACGCAAGGCUAUAUCGGUGAUUUUACACGAUAUUGGGAUUAUUUUUCCCGUGGUUUAAAUCCCUGGAUGCCUUACUGUAGCCAUAUCAAGGAAGCGUAUGCCCACAUCCACCUUUCCAACUUACUUAUACUUAACUAUGAAGAAAUGGUAUCAGACUUAAGUGGAGUUAUUAGGAAAGUAGCAGCGUUUUUAAAUAGUACGAUCGGCACGGUUGGCUUGAAGGAUCUUACAGAACAUUUGGAUAUCAGGAAUUUCCGGGAAAAUCCGGCUGUUAAUGGCAGUGAAAUGGCUGACGUCGGAGUAUUGCUAAAAGGUGAAGCAGGCUUUGUCCGUAAGGGUGGAAAUGGAAAGCGGGAAGAAUUAACGACUGAUCCUAGGUUAAAGAAUCGUGUUGAUCAGUGGAUUGAAAAGUCGAUUGACUGAGGAGUUUUUAACAAAACGAAAUAAUUCCACUUUGUAUAUUUUUCGGGAUUUUGAUUGAAUCUUACUCUACAAACUGAACCAUGUCGCUCAUUUAUUUCAUAACUCAAUUGAGAAAAGCUGCUUUAAAGUUUUGAAUAUACAUAUCGACACCUGAAUGGAAGAUCGAGCUAUCUUGGUGGAGCCGCUACAACAACAACAAUCGACCUAUCGGCAGCCAGUUCAAAAACGCCCCAUCUGAACUGAAAAUAUGUAUGUAUAUUGAAAAUGUGCUGAAAUGAGGCGUUUCUGAAUCGGCAGCGAGAUGGUGUGUUUUUAAACCGAGUUCUGAGAUAGGGUGUUUUUCAAUAAAAUUCUGAAACUCUAACUCUUGAAAAGUUUUCUGAGAUAGAACGUUUUCGAACUGGCUCCUGUGAUUGGUCGAUCUUCCACUCAGCUGUCGAUAUAUUCCCAUAGUAAAAAAUUUAUACAUAAUUUGUUCUAGCGAGAUACUGGUAAUUGGUACAGCAAUCAAAUUUUUACACAACCUGGAAGAAGGGGUAGCGGUUAUAAAUUCAAUAUUUUUAUAAUUUGUGAAUGA